CGGUGACUAUGGGCAACACGUCCUUUGUACCAUACUGGGCGACUCUGCGGGUCGCCGGCAUUCGCGAAGACAGCACUGCAAAACAACCCCCUUUGCCGAGCAACUUCCCACCGCCGGGUAACAUUGCGUUGGCGUGUUCCGUUCCUUGAUGCCGACCGGAAUAAGAACUCGGCGACCUCUUUAUGUCUCGUGCGACGCCCCUCGCCGCACAGAGCCCACAUGGGCCAGCUACACUAAAACUGCCGGAGCUAACUUCAGCGUCGAAGUCUUAGAUCUGUGCUGGUUGUCCCGCUUUGACUCGUCGUAAAAGUUAAGCCUAGGGCCAAGCACAGGUAUAAAACCAGACGAACUCUCAUAGCGAUCAUGACCAUUAGACUGAUGCACAAAAUUGGCCAACACUAACAUCUCGACCCCUGGUUCUAAUAUCAUCUCGCACAAUGGGGAUAUCUGACUGGUUCUACUACUCUCUCUCUUGUCUCGACUACACACUCUUUUAUAUCGGACUGCACCGGCCCAAGACAGCGAAGCUCGUCGUCGUCGGGCUCGAAAACGCCGGGAAAUCAAGCCUGCUUCAAAAUCUCGCAAACCGUCCGCCAGGCUUCGCUGUGGACACAUCGCACCCCGGCUUAGAGACGCUGGUCAGAGGCAGCAUUUCAUUCACCGCUCUCGACGUUGGUGGUCAUCACCAAACCCGUGAGCUAUGGACAAAGACCAUCUGUGGGGCCUCUGCUGUCGUCUUCAUGGUCGACGCCCAGGAUGCUGAAUGAUUCGACGAAGCCGCAGCAGAACUUCACGCCCUCUCCGCUGCCAAGGAACUCAAGGGGGUGCCGUCCGUGGUGCUAGCCAAUAAAUUCGACCACCCUUGUGCAAGUACGUGAUGAUUCCCUAGCGUCCGUUGAAGAUAGUUGCCGUUUCAUGCUAUUGCUAACCGAACGUAUUAUUGAACAGUCACGUCGGCGAAAGGCAUCUGGGAUCGACUUCGGGCGCACGAAAUUACAAGCCGACCUAUUCCGUUAUUCAUGUGCUCGGUAGCCACAAGGCGGGGAUACGGUGAGGGUAUAAGAUGGCUUGCGG